AUGUCUCAAUCACCAGAAAAUAUUGUUCCCAAUCCCUCUGAUGAAGCCCUGCAAAAUACCGUUAAGGACAAUUUCAAUGACAUUCCUACACAAGCGUUAGAUGCUGUCAGAAUGAGGUUAGCACAGCUUACGCACUCCUUGAGGAGAAUCAGGGACGAACUAUCAAGGGCAGAACUCCCGCAAUGGUACUCAUUACAAUCACAAAUAAACGUCACGCUGUCUCAACUGAUGUCUGUGACUACUACAUUACAACACUUCCAGGAGACACUGGAUUCAACUGUAGUGUAUCCUCUGCCUAAAUUUCCAACGACUUCACAUGAGAAUCUUUUAACCACUCUUCUAAGGAAAAAAAAUGCACCAGAGGUUGAUGAUUGGAUUUCAGAUGCUAGAGAAACCCUCGGAAUUGAUUUAAGUACUAUUGACCCUAAACAACUCGAAAAAACACUUCAAAAUGACAAGGAUAUUACAAAAUGGGCAUUAGGUAUCUUUACUACGGAAUUUGAGAAACAUAACUUCAAAGACCUUGAAAACGAAGAUGAAUUGAAUUUAAGCUCCAAAAAUAAUUACAAACCAAGUAAACCUUUCAGUGUUGAAAGUAUAUUGAACUUCACUUACAGAGGAGAAUUGGCUUUAUCUUCUACUCAAGAAGAAGUAUGA